GGCCAAGUGAGAAUUGGAAAUUGGGGAUUUGGAUUAUGCAUAGAUUAAGUUGUUGUCAUCGUAGAGUUUCUUUUAUGUUUGUAGCAGCGAUUGGGUGGUAAAAAUCUCAAUGCUUUUCAAAAAUCUUCCUAGCCAUUUCAAGAUCAAUAUCAUGCAGAGCCAUGUAAACAGGUGCGAUAAACUUCUGUCUUCCAAUUGAAGCAACGAAAUCAUCAGCGAGUGUAUAUGGAGAGCUGAGCUGGCCUGUUCUAAUAGCUAGUUGCAGCCAUCUGUAUAUAAUCUCUCCAUUAAUUUCUUUACUUAUGUGCAGGGUUUUGUCAAUAUAGUCAGCUUUAGAGCUAUCAAUAUGAUCCAAAUUGUCUAUCAAAUGGCUAAUAAAGAUACCCUUGAGAUUGACAGUAAAGUGUGAGUAAAUUUUAAGAGCCUUGGAAGUAUCAACGGAUGCAUCUAUAAAGUCCUGUGCUAACUUAAUUGCCUCAUUAUAUCCUUUAGUUUCAAAAUCGAGAAUUACAGGUGGAAAUCCAGGAGAGUAUAUCCAAGCUUCAAAGUCAAUUUGAAAAUCCAUCAGCUUUUCCUCUCCGAUUACAGUCUCAAUAAAAUAAAGGAACUGGAAUCCUUUCUCAUAUGGGAUAAUGCUAAAUGCUGCAUCUGGGUUAUCUCCCUGAAAGAUGGGAUGGAGACUUGAGAAACUAUUGUUCAUACCAUAAUCAUUCAUAUCAUAAUACAUUGACUGAUUCUCAAGCUUUGCUGUUACUUUCAUAAAAUCUUCCCCAAAGAUGUUCCUGACUGUUUUUCUCUCAAGGAAAACAGUGAAUCCCUCGUUCAGCCAGAAGUUAGUCCAAUUGUUAUUUGUGACUAAGUUACCAAACCAGGAGUGGGCAAUUUCAUGAAUAGCAACAUUA